CUUCCCCACACCACUCGAACGGACUAGCACUCCGCUCUACAAGUCUAGAAGCGAAGAGGCGCUUCUUCCUUCUCUCGACCGGAAGCGAGUAAGCGACGGCGCACCGAAACGAAACGACAGAAGCCGCCGAAUCCCCAUGGCCUCAACCGGCGCUCCCGCACCCGCAAGCGCAUGCCGCGUCGCGCCGCCUCUUGUAGCCGCCUCGGUCCUCCCCGCGCGCUCGUUGGCGGGCUGCAGAGCGGCAUGGCGGUGCUGGGGCGCGAGGACGGGGAGGCGGAGGUGGGCGGGGCUGCGGGCGAGGUGCGGCGUCGGCGGCGGCCAGUCGUCCGCCGUGCAGCCCGGUUCCGAGAGCGCUGGGGAGGGGUUGGUGGAGGAGGAUGGGCCGCGGCGGCCGCCGUUCGACCUCAACCUCGCCGUUGUGCUCGCCGGGUUUGCGUUCGAAGCCUACACCAGCCCGCCGGCAGAUGUGGGCUGGCGCGAGACCGAUGCGGCUGACUGUCAGACAGUGUUCCUGUCCGAUGUGUUUCUCCGUGAAGUAUAUGAUGGCCAACUAGUUGUGAAGCUGAAGAAAGGCAUAAAUCUUCCUGCACUGGAUCCAUGGGGUACAAGUGAUCCUUAUGUGAUUCUACAACUGAAUGGCCAAACUGCAAAAAGCAAAAUUAAAUGGGCGACGAAGGAGCCAACAUGGAAUGAAGAUUUCACAUUUAACAUUAAGAAAUCUCGAGAAAAUCUACUGCAGGUUGCAGCUUGGGACUCAAACCUUGUUACCCCUCACAAACGCAUGGGAAAUGCAGGAUUGUACCUAGAAUCACUUUGUGAUGGAAACAAUCAUGAUGUUACUAUUGACUUAGAAGGCCUUGGUGGUGGUGGAACUAUUGAGUUAGAGGUCAAAUACAAGAGCUAUGAUGACAUUGAGCGUGAGAAACAAUGGUGGAGAAUACCUUUUGUGUCUGACUUUCUUGUGAAGAGCAGCCUGGGAUCUGCUCUUAGAACUGUCGUUGGAUCUGAAAGUAUAAAUGCAAGUCAAUUUGUGCAGUCUGCAUUUGGCCAGCUAAGUUCUUUCACUUACACCUACCUUCCAAAGCCAUCAUCUUUGGAUGGGUCUGAGGUAUCUAAAAGUGUUGAAGAAUCCCCAGUUAACUCAGUUGAAUCAAAUGAGGCUCAACAGCAGAAGGUUGAUUCUGGAUAUACCUCAGAUUCUCACAGUGAGGCUCAGUCUCCUGCAACAGUUGUUAACAGUGAAGGAAAUGCAUCAUCCGAUGUGAGGGAAUCAGAUGAAUACUUCUGGAGAGCUUUGAACAAUGUACUCAACCAAAAUGUUCUACAGAACUUUGGAUUUUCACUUCCUGAGGUCAAACAAUUGGAUGGAUUUGACCUAUUAAGUUCACUUGGUCUGAAAUCACGUGAAAUUGCUGAAAAGAAAUAUUUAGAAUCUGGACUGGCAACGGUAGAUACUUCAACAAGUGAUGGCAGUGAAACUACUCCUGAAGAUGCAGUUGGUGUUGACAAUGAAAAUGGAACAUUUACAACCAAAGAGGAGGUGCAGGAUUCCUUUCCAGAUAUCAAUAAUGUAUCUCGGGAUGUAUUGUCUCAAACAGAGAAUAUACUAGGAGCUCUGGUGAUACUUUCUAAAAACUUCUCACCACAAAACAAGAAGUCAGUAACAACGAAUGAAGCAAACUGGAAAGAUGAUAUAAUCAGAGAACAACAAGGGUCUGCAGCUUCAGAUUCUAUUGAUAAGGAUGAUACUGUUGCAUCAACCAAACUGUCCGUUGAUGCACAGAAAGCUGAGGAUAUGCGGCGACUGUUUGCAAGUGCAGAGACUGCUAUGGAGGCAUGGGCUAUGCUUGCCACUUCAUUGGGGCGUAACAGUUUCAUCAAAUCAGACUUUGAAAAGAUAUGUUUUCUCGACAAUGUUUCAACAGACACACAAGUUGCCAUUUGGCGUGAUUCUUCGCGAAGAAGGCUGGUUGUUGCCUUCCGGGGAACUGAACAAUCAAGGUGGAAGGAUUUGCGAACUGACUUAAUGCUUGUACCUGCCGGACUAAACCCUGAGAGGCUGGGUGGUGACUUCAAACAAGAAGUUCAAGUUCACAGUGGAUUCUUAGGUGCAUAUGACUCUGUUAGGAAUAGGAUCAUGGCUCUCAUCAAAUAUGCUGUAGGAUGCCAGGACGAAGAAGACGCAGAAAAAAUACCUAGGUGGCAUGUUUGUGUAACUGGACACAGUUUAGGUGGAGCACUAGCAACCCUUCUUGCUCUUGAACUUUCAUCAAGUCAAAUGGCCAAGAAUGGUCUCAUAUUUGUGACAAUGUACAACUUUGGCUCUCCUAGAGUCGGAAAUAGAAAGUUCGCUGAAGUCUACAAUGCGAAAGUAAAGGACAGCUGGAGAAUUGUCAAUCACCGAGAUAUCGUUCCAACAGUACCACGUCUUAUGGGCUAUUGCCAUGUGGAAGCACCAGUUUAUCUCAAAUUUGGAGAUGUAAAAGAUGCACUGGUAAACAACGAAAUUCUAGAUGAUGAAGACCAAGGUGAUGCUAUAGGGGAGUACACACCUGAUGUUCUUGUUACUGAAUUUAUGAAAGGAGAGAAGCAACUUGUGGGAAAACUACUGCAAACAGAAAUAAAUCUACUCCGCUCAAUCAGGGAUGGUUCGGCCCUUAUGCAGCACAUGGAAGAUUUCUACUAUGUCACGCUUCUAGAGAAUGUGAGAUCAAGGUAUGAGGUGGUUGAUAGUGCAAAUGAUGAAUACCGCCAAUUGACAGCAUGAUCCUAGUAAGAUUGCAUGGUUGAACAUCCCAGACCAUUUCUCCCUGCAAAAAUUACAGUUCUAAAGGAAGGUCAGUGUACGAACUAUUGAAGGUGCCAUCACGUGUGCAAUCCUCACUCUUCUGAAUGGAAACAUGCACACCCUAUGUUGUUUGGAGCUAUUUAUUUAUUGAUGUAACUUAGCUAGUACACAUAUUUUAUGAUGUUAGAAAUUCUAGAAAAUUUUCAAAGACUCUUGAGAGAAUACUUAAAGAUAUUUUAAAAUCCGUUUUUCAGCCCUAUUCCUGUUAUUGUUACGAAUAAAAGAAGUCUGAAAAUACAUUAUCUUGGGAUUGCUUCACUA